UUCUCGAAAUCCUGUGUGUAUUUUCUCUCUCUCUCUACUUUCUAGUUGUGGCUAACUUGCGCAGCGGACACUGGUUAUUGUGUGUCGCCCGUGAUGUCGCCGGCAGUCUCAACAACCUUGGUAAUAAGAAUUUCGCGGUAUAGGAGAGCCCACUAGAGAGAGGAGAUCAAACGGCUGGGAAGGUGUUUCAAUCCCAAAUGGACGGUCAGAAAAGCCAGGCGAAGCUUACGAGAACUCAGUCCUCUUUACUCCGCUCAUCGCCCACGAUUCGAUCCUCGAUACACAGUCUCUCUUCCAUCAAUGAAGAUGAGAUGAUCGCGUCCCAGGAAGAAGAGAAGAAGCCCCACAGAUCCGGUUCAACACCCCGAACCGGUUCCCACCGGUUUGCUUCGGUUCUUGCGAUGGCGAGCCUUACCUUCUGUACCCUUUCCUUCCUUUUCUUUUUCUUCUUCUUCUAUCUCAGAAGAGAAGAAAUACCCACCUCGGAAAACCUCCUAUUAGCUCUGAUUUUUGUUGCAAUCGCGCUUUUUUUCGCCGGAAAAAACAAGGGUUUUCUUCACCACACAAUCUUGAUUCUCAAACAUUCCUGGGACUGUAAUGUUAGGAAGCUUGGGUUCUCGAAGAGUAAUGCGAAGCCAGUACAGUGGUUUAUCGGUGAAUCGACGACGAACAAGGUGCAAAAGGCAAAGAGAAUUGUGCGAGAAGGCGUGGAGUUUUACAGUAAUGGUGAUUUCUACGAAGGGGAGUUUCACAAAGGAAGGUGCAACGGAAGUGGGGUUUACAAUUACAUUGUGAAUGGGAGGUAUGAAGGUGAUUGGAUUGAUGGGAGGUAUGAUGGGUAUGGGAUUGAGAGUUGGGCGCGAGGGAGUCGAUACAGGGGGCAGUAUCGGCAGGGUUUAAGGCAUGGUUAUGGGGUUUAUAGGUUCUACACAGGGGAUUCGUAUGCCGGGGAGUGGGUAAAUGGGCAGAGUCAUGGUAUUGGGGUUCAGACUUGUUCGGAUGGAAGCUGUUAUGUUGGAGAGUUCAAGUGUGGCGUCAAGCACGGCCUUGGGUGCUACCAUUUUAGAAAUGGAGAUAGGUACGCGGGGGAAUAUUUUGGUGACAAAAUACAUGGAUUUGGUGUCUACCACUUUGCUAAUGGCCACUGCUACGAAGGGUCAUGGCAUGAACGUCGUAAGCAAGGCUAUGGUAUGUAUAGUUUCCGGAAUGGUGACACCAGAUGUGGGGAAUGGGACUCUGGCACCCUUAAGAACCCUCUACCUCCACUAACUGAUGCAGUCCUUCGGGCGGUUCAGGCUGCCAGAAGAACGGCAGAGAAUGCAAUUCAUGUUCCCCGGGUGGAUGAACAAGUGAACAAGGCAGUCACGGCUGCAAACAGAGCUGCAACCGCCGCUAGAGUUGCUGCUGUCAAAGCUGUUCAGAACAGGAUGGACGGAAAGUUUUGCGAGACUACAGACGUCUAACUAACAACCAACAACCUUUGCUUGAUAGUGUAAAUUUACUAGAUUUUUAUGUACCUGGAAGAUGUAAAACCCCUGUAAGCAAAAGCUUCAUCGGUGGUUGAGAGAAUGUUUGAGGUUUGGCUGAUCACACUGUAACUUGUAUAUAAAUCCAUAUGUAUAUCAAUGCAAGAUGAGUUUUCAAGAGUUCA